AUGCCCAGACGACAAUAUCUACUUUUUACGACAGGAGACAGACAGCUGACAUCAGGCCCCCCCUUGGCUGGCAAUGAACUGGCCGAGACAGGAAUGGCACGACGACACAAGGGGCGACUGGGGAUGCCAGCUUUGGGGGCUAGUGUCGUGUCUAUAAGCACUCUAAUACUCGACCUAUGGUGGCCUGCCAGAGGCCGUCUUUUGACUGCCUGCAAACGACGACUCAAAGUCUAG